GCACGGUCACCCCAGCUCACGGCGCUGAUUGAAAAGCUUCCACCCCCCCCCUCCCCCCGUACCCCCCUGGAUUUAGAUAUGGCAACAAAGCAAUCGCCGCUCCACAAAUAACAAAGGCGACUGCGGUGUGGACAAGAGGAUUGGACUUGGCCGCAGCAGCGUGUGAAGGAGACAAGGGAACGUGGCUUGCAAGAUUCUAUUUAUUAAUUACAUUCUUAUUUUGAGAUCGGUGUUCGCACACACAUAGCCGAGCAACACACACACACACAGACGCGCGCACGUGCAUACAUACACCCACGGUUACACCCAACCACACACACACACACGAGCAGACCUGAAUACAUACAAGAACGUACACAUACACGGCGCGCGCACACACACCGCAGGGACACGCUAACACACACGCCCGCACACACACCAGCAAACACACGGAUAGACACACACACACACGGGCAUACACACACCAGCAAACACACGAACACACACACACGGGCAUACACACACCAGCAAACACACGAACACAUACACACACACACUGGCACACAGACACACACAGGCGUUUACUCGACAGGCAUACGCGGGCACACACACACACAGACGGGCACACCAUCACACACGUUGCACGACAGUGAUUGACGCGCUCAGAGAGACGCAUCUCAUACGCCGCCGGGAAGAGGGAAGAAAGAGGAGGUUAGGGAGGGAGAGGGCGGUGGGUGCAGAGAGCCGCUGAGAAGAGAGAAACAGAAGAAGGAGACGAGGAGGAGGCAUCAUGAUCGGCGUGUUCCUGCUGGGAUGUGCCUUCUUCCCGGGCCUUUUCGUGGCGCUGCGAGGCUGGCUCCAGCAGCAGCUGGGAUGCGGACGGGGCGAGGCGGUGAUUCUGAGCGCCAGGCUGGUGUCCGUGGUGCAGGCUCUGAUGGCCAGUGCGUCCGGAUACAUCAUCGUGUGCAUGUGCCAAGAGGACGUCCUCUACGACCGGCACUGGCUGGCCACGUGGUACGUGUGGUUCGCCACCCCCUACUUCCUCUACGACGUCUGCGCGAUGUUCCUGUGCCACUGGCACCGGCGAGCCAUGCGGGAGGGCGUGGGCCCCGCACGCGGUAACGGCCCUGGACUCGACGGAGGCGGACGGACCAAGUCCCGAGGCCUGCUGUGGGAUCAGCUGGUGCAGACGGGCCGGCAGUUCAUAGCCAAGGAGACGCUCAUGGUGAUGCACCACGUUGGGGUGUGCAUGCUCUGCUUCCCCGUGUCCACGAUGGUGAGGGGAGAGCUCGGGGACUUCUUCCAGGGCUGCCUCUUCAUGGCCGAGGUCAGCACGCCGUUCGUGUGCUUCGGCAAAAUCUUGCUGCAGUUCAAGCAGCAGGGCACGCUGCUCUUCAAGCUGAACGGCGCGCUCAUGCUCGCCACCUUCUUCCUCUUCCGCCUGCUCGUCUUCCCGUACAUGUACUGGGAGUACGGGCGGCGCGUGGGCCUCUCCGUCUGGGCCGUGCCCUUCUCGCUGCCGCUCGUCUGCAACGUCGCCGCCACGCUGCUGCUGGCGCCGCAGCUCUACUGGUUCAUCCUCAUCUGCCGCGCCGCGGCCUCCCGCAAGGGCAAGGGCUUCCGGGGGCCCCCGCCGCCCCCGCCCCCCGCCGGCGCCGUCGACCCCGACGGGGCCUCGUGGGGGGCCCCCGCCGACUCGUGGGAGGGGGCCGCCGCCACCGCCGCCGCCAACGGUCCUGACAAACGGCCCGAGGAGGUGCCGAGGCCGUGCGGCGGCCACAAGGCCAAGGAGGCGAUGGACUAACGGGCGGGCCGAGGGGCCCCGGACGGACGGCGCCCGCGGCGUCGGCACGCUCGCGCCGGGGUGUGGGGUUGACUUGCUGGCCGGUCGGUUGGUUGGUUGGGUGGAUUGACGAGCUGGUGGAUGGGUCGAUUGGUGGGCAGGUUGGCUGCCUUGUGGCAGAUUGGUGGGUUGACCGACUGGCGUGGAGGUGGUCUGGUUGGUUUUCUGGUUGGUGGGUUGGUGGAAUGGCUGGUUGGUUGGCUGGUGGAUGGGUCGGUGAAAUAGUCUAUCGGCCGGUCGGAGGGUCAGUGGGUUAGUGGGUUGACUGGCUGGUGGUGGGCUAGUGAGCAAGUGGUGGAUGCGGCUGUGAUGGCAGCCUGGACGUGGUGGAGUUGGGGUUGACCUAGUCUGCGGCAAGGUGGGGACCGAGAGAUUCGUGCGAUUUUCGCGAAUUUCAUUUUUUUUUUUAAUUGUCAUCGCCAGCCAUGGUCGAUCCACUGCUGGAUGAAGUCCUCCGCCAUACCAUCUCCGUCCUCUCACUGCACGCGAGCCGAUUUCAUCGCUCUGUCUCCGCAGCGGCACCGAACGUCCCUGGGCGGCGGCCACACCAUCGGGAUAAUUUGGCGUUUCGUUUUCAUAAUUUACACAAACCACGACGCCCGCGUGUUUCACUUCCUAUUUAUAUUUAUUUACCUGCUCGGUUUGGGCUCCCUCUCUCUCUCUCUCGCCCGACGUCACGGUGAACCGCGCGCGUCGUCCCCACCGAACGGUGAAACGCACCGGCCGAGUGGCGACGGAGCGGGUGUGACCGCGCUCACCGGCGGCGACGUUUUUUCCGCGCUCGAUUCACCGCAGGCGCGAGGCCAAACUGCCCCGCGACGAGCCGAGGCCGGCUCUUCUCUCACGAGCGGCCCCGCGGCACGGAGCCACGCGCUGCGACGGCUCGCUGAUGGCAUCGUGCGAAUAUGGGAGGAUGUUUUAGGUGGUCGUUUUUUCUUGAGUUGUGUCGCGUAUCUGGUUUGUUCAGGGCUUUACGUUUUUUUUUUUUUAAACCAAGCCAGUCUGGGUCGUCGACACGAAACAUAUUUUCGCACCCGGCACACCACGUCCAGUAUACGGCUUCAGGCUGCUCGUCAUGUGCCACCAACUGCAGUCUACGAGCGAUCCGGAUUAUAUUCGGUGAGAAAUGAAUCCCUGGGUAAUGUCGUGUGUGGGUUUUUUUUGCUUCUUCGUUUGUUUGUUUAUUCGCUUCGGAUUGAUGAAGAAACAUGGGGUCAUCCGCGUCCCACCGAGCUGCGAGUUCACCCGGGUCGGACUGGUCAACUCAUCGGUGCUGCUCACCGCUGUGAUCCCAUAGUCACCGUCACUUACUGCUAUUCAUAUCGCGCCUCCCAUGCAGCACAUCUUCAGGGGGGGAUGAGGGGAGGGGGGCACCCCCAGCGUCAGCUGUCCCUGUGCGGCACAAGGCUAACUCGACACCGGCCUGUGAGUGGGAUGUACAUCUCCAGGCUGACGACGAAACUAUGGCGUGGACGAUUUUGUCUAACUAAGAAACGAACUCUUUUUAUUUUACCAGGUAACGCCCACUGAGCCACAUAGUUCCUUCUCAGAAGCUGAACAAGGUGGCUUAUCACGUAUGUUGAUUCUAAAUGUGGAGGGAAAAACCGGAGGACCCGGAGAAAAUCCACGCGACCACGGGAAGACCAUGGGAACUACAAAUAUACAGACGUCUGGGUCAGGAUCAAACCCACGACCUCCUGUAAACCAGGCGAAGUAGUUAACAUCUUGUCACUGUGGCGCCCCUUUAAAGCGAGGGAAUGGCUUGCGUUCAUUUCGCGUGCAAGUGCUCGAUCGGUCCGUCUGCUCCAGCAUUGAAACGGAAAAUAUUCAGAAGGAAGACGGCUUGCUUGGAUUGGCUUGGCUUGGCUUACGGUACACAUUAUAUACACACGCACACCCUAAAAAACACGGGAGUCACUUCGCCAUCAGUGGACACUUGACAAUAACGAAAAGAUACGUCCGGAGUGUCCCGCUAUGAGCAGAAGAACAGCGAGGACUGAUGAAACAGAAAUGUGCGCCGUGCAGAAGUGACUGUGAUGUUCGCCGCGACAUGCAUUGUGCAUAGAUUACGCGUAAAUGCAUAUAUAUACAGUACACGUGUGCGUAUGGCUCUACUGUGCAUGGUCCGGACGGCGUCGCACGCUUACGUGUUGUUACACUCCGUUACGUCUCCGUGCUACGGUCUACAAGCAUGGUCCAUGCACGUCUGUGGCCAAGAGAGCAGCAUGGGGUGUAAGGUUGGUGGAGCGCGCAGAGACGGAGCCGUCUCGUGAGCAAGACGCCCGACCCUUGCGGAGCGAGUCGGCGUUUGAGCCGUGCGUGUGGGAGGUGGGUCGUGUGAUGUAAGUUCGACUUAUUUUGCACACUAUGUAGACAACCGUGCUAAUCGGGUGUCCGUGGGCUUUCUCCAGACUCUAACGUGUUACCUUCCCCGCACGAAAGGCGUUUGUUUAAUGGAAGAAAACUGGCCGAGCGGCCGAUUGCCAACACCGUCGUAAAAGUGAGACUUGAGGCUCUGUGAGGCUUUCCUUGGGUACACACAUUAUUAUUGCUGCGUUAUGAUGAUGAUGAUUAUUAUCAUCAUGUACAUUUGUAAGAGCCCCGAAUUCGUUCAUUUGCGAGUUUGUCUCGUGCGUCACAGUACUCGAGUAAUUUAUGUCACGCAGAAUCGAUCAAGGGCUCAUUCUGACUGUAAGGAUCCAGAAAUGUAUGAUGAUGACAAGCCAUGUAUGACCUUUGACAUUGGUAAAACAAUAGUGAAUUCAUCCCAUCGUAUGGCAGGCUGGUACCGACUCGUGCAUUAGGUCUUGAAGUGAAAUCAAAACGAGUUAGGGAAAUCGUGCAGACUGCACGUGUCUUCGGAUGUGUUUUAUUCGCAGUAUGGAAGCGGGACGAGUGGCUGCCAGGGAAAGAUGGCUUUGAAAAUUUUCAAAUUGUGAUUUUUGCUACGGUUUGGGUCUCCAAAGUUAUGGGUCUCAUCCUGUGAUCAAUUUGGCCGAUUUUCAAUCGGGUAAGUCCCUUCAAGUUGGAUUAUUGGGAGAGCGAUUCUGCCGCCCCUUCCCAUAGCGAACGGACAGACGGACCAAAAACGCCGACACACUUUCAACAGUAUAGUUGUAAAGUAAAAAAAACUUUUCCUAAUGUUGCCUCUCGUAAGCGAGUCUGGUCACCGGUCCAGACGCAGCUGCCCCAUUGUUGCGAGAGGCGCAGUAGGAAAACAGGGCAUGUGCCACCACCACCACCGCCGCCGCCAAUCAUCACCGCAACCACCACGGAUGGCACACCUGAUGCCCCAGGAGGCCUUCCUGGCCCUGCGAGUUCCUCGAUCGAUCCCUCCAGCCGCACUGCGGGCAGGCUGGGGGAGGGGUUGCCACCAGUGAGGUACAACAAGCCACACGGACACGUCGCGAGCAUACCAAGAUUAUCGCUCCGUUAGCAAGGGGGCAGUGCAUGCACGUGCGUUGUCUCGAAUAGUGUGUAUAUUGUAAAAAAAUGUGUUCAGCACCUGACAAUAAAAUACGGGACUCUAAUGUCCCCGACGAGACUUGACAAUAUUUCCUAAGACAGGGACCCCCCGCCCCCCCAAAAAAGAGAACUAUCCCGGAAAAAAACAAGGAGAGGUGGCAACCCCUUACGAGUUUCUCGCGUGCGUGGAGACAAAGGAGGGACACGUCGAGCCGGUGGUGUUAGUGCGGCGCGAUUGUCUGCGCGUGUGUCGUGAUCCGUCAGCAAUUCUGUCCGUUGGGAUUUUCACAAUGAGCUGCGGGCGGGGCUUGAGAGGAUAGAACGGAUGAAUAUUUUACAAUUGUGUUCACGGUCAUCGUCAUCAUCAUCGCAGCCAAGAUGUUUUCCCUUCCUCCACCCGCGUCUGAAUGCCCGUCGAAGCGAAUUUAUAAAUUCACCUCCACGA